AUGUCUCGAGAGCGAAUUACAGGUCACUACAGCAAUGAUGUUGAGAAGAUUGUAGAAAAUAUGCCCUCUCGAGAGGAAAUCAUCACUACUCAUACCAAAAUCGAAGAUGAGAUCAUGUCCAAAGGAAAGUACAAACGAAUUUAUCCAACCUCAACCACCACUGCUCAAUACUCGAAAUUCAUUGAGAAGGCAAGCCAAGAAUUCACAUCUGCCCAAUCCCAUUUCAUGACAAGUUCUGCACUCAACAAACAAGUUUCACUCAGUAAUGUUUCAAAUAAUAUUAAUUCGAAUCAUCUUCACUCACGUAUUACACAUGAUAGAUCCAAGUCGGCGUCAGAAGUUGAAGGAAGAGGAAGAGCAAGAUCAAACUCCUCGAGCAGUACCAGAGGAGGAACAGGCGACAAGCAACAAAACAGAGGAAGUACAAAACUUCCCCUAAUACGAGUCAAAUCAAGCAACAAGAUUCCUCCCAAAUCAGCCUCUGAACAAUCAAGUCGAUGGUUAGAGAAACGGAAAAGUGCUCAGAACAGGCCCAGCUUCAAACUAGCAACCAAAACGCUCAACUUUCCAUCUGUGUUUGAUCACGCGCUCUUCCCAGAAGACGAAACAGAACAUAAUCCUUUGCUUGACGAAGAAGAGGCAAAGGUGUUGGAGCUCUUAGCUGAAUCCAACAAUCUGCGAAAGAAAUUUCAAAUACUCACAAAUGCCAAUAAACAUUGGAGUCCCGGAACGAGGAAGGUCCAAGUCUGGUCAUCCUCUUCUUCCAUGAAAAAGAAGCCCUCAGGAGGAGCAGCAGUCGUCCAACAUCAUUCCGAGUUGAGAAAUACCAAAGACCCCAAUAGUUUCUCAUCAUCUAUUUCUUCACUCAAAUCCGAGAGUGGAGAAGAGCCAAAAUAUAUAGUAGCAUCGCUGGAAGACCUCAAUGAAGAGGACUACCAUACCGAUUAUGAUGCACCACAUUCAACAAAAUAUGGGCAUCAGCACUAUCGGGAGAAACAGUCAGCCUUAGAUCAAAAAAUUCGGAAGAAAACGGUUCAAAAAAGACAAAGCGUGUUGGUGAGUCAUGGAUCCAUUUCAAUAUUGUGUAAGGAAGGAACCAUCGAUCCUCUCACUCCAACGACUAUAGAAUAUACAGUAAGUAGAAGAAAGUUGCUUUCUUCAACAUCUCAACUGCUUACCUCAUUAUUAAUAUGGAAAUUACGCAUUCAUGAUGAAAUGCUUCUUCACAUGCUCCUGUUAACACAGCUUCCACAAGGAAAAUUCUACCUUCGUCUUGACAACAAAUCAAAAAAGAAAGCAGCUAAAAUUCAAUUGGAGUUGAAAGUAUUCAAGAAAAAGAGCUCUGAUGAAGCCAACUUGGAUACUCCAUCCCUCAUUACUACCACACACUCCACUUCAGGAAAAUCCAUAACCUCAACACCUUCUCAAAAUAAUAUCAAUGACGUGUACAUUCAUCACAUUCUUGAAUCAGAUGUUUCAGAAAUAUUUGCAUUCACAACUGCACAUGCAAACAAUAGUAUGUUCCUCUCCAUCAAUUCUAUACAUGUAUUUUCAGCGCCCAAGUUUUUUCUUCAAUUGUUUCAAGAUUUAGAAUUAGAGAAAAUUGCUGAAGACCAAUUUCAAGUGGUGUCACAUGACAAUAAGGCAAUUCAUUUAGAUGAAAUAACUCCAUCUGCUCAAGAAGAUCUUCCUCCUUUGGAUGGAGAAGAGAGAGUGAAUACUUCAAAUGGUGAUAAGAAUGAUACGAACUUUGAAAAAGCAAGUCCUGAUGUAAAAACUCCGGAUCAGUCUAUAGACUGUACCAAAGACAGGUCUGCCACGGAUAGUGUUGAUCAAAAUUCUCCAACUCUUAUGACUGGCACGUCCCAAAGUAGUGCAAAUACAGCCGACAAUUCUCAAAAUGUCACAACAACAAGCGCUCAAGAACAAACAUGCAAUGCUCAAGAGAGUAAGAGCGCCACUCCUGUUCGUAAAACCUUUCAUAUUAAAAAUUUAAAGAGUAGUGGAGGCAAAGAAAUCAGUCAUUAUAUUAGAAGAGCUGUUGGAAAAACGCAAAGUAUUGACAUUGAUAAUUUCCACAUUGACAUUUCUAGUGAAAUAAGUAUAGGAAGUGACGAAGAAGAAGAUAAUUUUGAAGAUUGUAACUGA